AUGUUCUCUAAUCCGCCUCGCUUGCCCUCAGUACUCACCCCUCCAAAGCUAUACGACACCAGAUCUGGACUCGCUUCGAGAUGUCUCCUUCAACACCCUCUGUCGAUCUCUGUCAAUCUCCAUCCCACUGGUCCAGCGGCCUCCAUCAACGGCUUGGUCGAUGAGUUAGGUGCUAAGAGUCUCCCUUCGAUAUGCGGAGGAGCUCUCAACGGGGACUCUUCUUUGAAGCAAAAUCAGGCGAUCACCGACCAUCUGGAGAAAUCUCCGCAGCGAGUAGAACCAGCCGGAAGCCUCUCACGAAAUUGUUGCCACCACCGGUCAUGGACCACAUGUCUCUUUGUCUCGCCGUCGAUUCCCCCACACAGUGAAAAUGAGAAGUAUAAAAUUUGGGCUUGGCCCAUGUUGAGUGUUGGGCCUCUUAGCCUAGCAAGAUCAUUUUCCAAGCACUUCACACCCAAGUCACGUGCUGAUUAUUACUGUGUGUUUAACAAAGUUGGCUUCACCAUGGAUAUAUUUUGA